UUCACUUUCUAUUUCAAUCAGAUCCAACUUUUGAUACAUCAGACUAAUUUGUAUUGUCACUUUUCAAUUUUCUUUUUCUCUUCUUCUUCUUCUUGUUGUUGUUGUUCAGUUUCAACAAGCGUAUCUCAAAAACCAGUUAAGAUAUGGAGAUCAAACUUUGCACAAAGAUUGGAAUCCAUGACAGGUCGUGCAAGAGCAUUUUUAUUUCUU